CUCUCCGCUCUCUUCCAGAUCGGCAGACGGACAAACGGCAGGACGGAUCCUCGGGUGGGGGCUGUGUUGGGCGGCUCGGCGGCAGGCUGGUGGAAAAUGUCGUCAGGAGCCGGAGGGAGGGGCGGCCGGCCGCUGAGGAGCACGGGGGGAAGAGGGGGGGCGGGCGAGGCGGAGGAAGGGCCCGUCUGGAUCCCGUUUCCCGAGCAUGGCGCCGACGUCCUGGGCGGCCUGAACAAGCAGCGUCUCAGCGGCCUCCUCUGCGACGUGCUUCUGGUCAGCGAGGAGCGGGAGUUCCCCGCCCACCGCUCCGUGCUGGCGUCCUGCAGCUCCUACUUCCACAAGCUCUUCACCUCGGGGGCGGCCGACCAGCACAACGUCUACAACAUUGACUUCGUGGCGGCGGAAGCUCUGGGGGCUUUGCUGGACUUCGCCUACACCGCCACGCUGACUGUCAGCCGGAGCAGCGUGGCCGACAUCCUCGGCGCCGCGCGCCUCCUGGAGAUCCCCCCCGUCCAGGAAGUCUGCGCUCACCUGCUGGACACCAAAGUGCUCUCCCCGCCGGCGGGAUGUGAGCAGAAUGAGGAGGACGAGGAGGACAGAGGCCGGGGGGAGCAGGGGAACCGGCUGCGGGCGCAGGAGUACUUGGAGUUUUUCCAGAGGGGGGCGCACUGGAGCAGCAGCUGCAGCACGCCAGAGCUCAGGGACCCGCCCACGCACUUUAGCAUUGGGAAUGGAAGGCCCCCCAGCAACGGGGCUCCUGCUGGCCCCGCUGAGUUCUACUCCCCCCUGGCGCUCGCCUUGUCCCAGCCCCCCUCAAAGGAAGCAGAGGAAGAGGAGGAGGAAGAAGAGGAUGAUGAAGAGUUGGUCCAGGACAACGGGGCAAGUCUGGGGACAUCGUUUUACCUCCCGUCUCAGAACGGGCACUUCUACUUCCCCCCGGACUCUCGGCAGGAAGCGGAGGAGGGGGGCAGGAGUGUGAUGGUGGGGGAGAGGGGCUCCGCCAGCGCCCUCCUGCAGCACAUGAUGGACUCCAUCGAGAAGCAGAAGGAGCGGGAAGCUGCGGGGGAGGAGCCGGGGGAGGGGGACGACCCCGACAUGGAGUUUUACUUGAAUUACUUCAGCAGCGCGCAGCACGAGGAUUCGGGCGCCGCCCCGCUAACGCCGGGAGCGCCGCCGCUGUGGAUGUCACGGAGCGGGCCGGGCCAGCACAGAGCGGACCGGGGCGGUGGGGGCGGGGCAGGCGGAGGAGAGAGGAAGAUGCGCUCUAAGGCGUUCCAGAAGUGCCCCAUAUGCUCCAAGGUCAUCCAAGGCGCCGGCAAGCUGCCCCGCCACAUCCGAACGCACACUGGAGAGAAGCCCUACGAGUGCGCCAUCUGCAAAGUGCGCUUUACCAGGCAGGACAAGCUGAAGGUCCACAUGCGGAAGCAUACAGGAGAGAAGCCUUACCUGUGCACACAGUGUGGAGCGGCCUUCGCUCACAACUACGACCUGAAGAACCACAUGCGCGUGCACACCGGCCUGCGGCCCUAUCAGUGCUCCAGCUGCUUCAAGACUUUUGUGCGCUCCGACCACCUGCACCGCCACCUCAAGAAGGACGGCUGCAACGGCAUCCCGUCCCGCCGCGGCCGAAAACCGCGGGUUCGAGAGCCAGAAGCCCUGGAGGCUCCGCAGGGCCCGGUCGGCCCCGCCUCGGAGGCGGGCCCCGGCCCUCGUGGCGUCAGGGGGAGGCGGCGCUCCGAGGCGUCCUCCGCGGCAGACGUGGAGAGCGCCGCUCACAGCCCUCCGCAGCAGGAGCUAGCAUUGGAGGCGGGGCCAUGAGACUGGGGGGCAGACUCUGCUGAACGACCUGUGAGACAGGCGGCAGCGGGGGGACGCGGACGACAGAACAACUGUUGCUCUACAAACCAAAUCAGGGUGUCUCAGAAAUCAGAUUUUAUUUUUCUUUCCUUUGAUUCUAGGAAACUAAACCGACAGAAAGCACUUGAGUUCAACGCCGAGGCUCCGCCCCCCGGCCGUCCGUGGUAGAUGUUUAGACGUCGGCGUGUGCACGGCGGGGUGCAUCUAUGCAGUUCAUGGUUUGGUUGCGUCCUUGCA